AGCCCUAGCCACUUCGACUUUUUUUUGCCACGGAUUGUGUAUGUAGUUUUAAUUGUGCUCGAAAAAACUGAGUUAAAGUGAAUGUCAGCGUUAAGAAAUUAAGCCCGAAAGUACUAGACACCUUGGUCCAUAGUGAUACGCAAUUAAAAACGAUGCCAAUACAAUAGUUCCAUUUACUAAAACGGGUACGAAGCCAACUCGAAUUCGAGUUUCGAACAACUCCAAGACGCUGCUGCUAACGUAUUCUGUCCAUUAAGAACCGAAACGCCACUGGAAAGAAAUGGUGUCCACCCGCCAAAUGUGCAGUGGAGGCGGUACGUCCGCUUCAGAGGGUAUUGCGGCCUUCCUAGCAGCGGGAUUGGUACCUGGCGUGGCAUCCGGAUCAGGAAUGGCAACCGGAUCGGGAACUGGGAUACAGGAGACCCCUGAAACCACGGCAAACCGUACCUCCGUCCUGCGGCGAACCACCAGUUAUCAGGGUCAGAACCAGGCUCAGGGAUCUGGUCAGGUGACUUCACCUGCCAGUUUGGCCUACUCAGCCAGCGUGGUGACCCGCCACCAUUCGUACACUAUCCAAACGCAACGACAAAGGUCACCAUCAGCCACCAGCACCACCACAACUAACUCGCUCAGUUUGUUCGAUCUGCCCAACGAGCUGAUUGAGAAGAUCCUCAGCUACUUGGACUUUAAGAAAGUUUCAGAUCUCAGAUUGGUGGCGCAUCGCAUGAACGAUAUUUGCAUGGCCAUGCUGAACGCUACCUUUUCCAAGCAGAUCAAGACCACGUUAAGCCGCUUCCAGUCGAUCAAGGCCAGCAUGCCGCGUCGGGAAUCAGCCCGUCGCAAUCAUACGCUGGCCUGCGAAUGCGAUAUCAUAGAGACUUGCUACAUGCGUCUAUCCCUGCUUCAAAUGUCCAUGGGGAAGCACAUCGAACGGGGUCACUGCUGUUUCUUUCCGGGCGCCAUACUUGACGAGGUGCAAGCGAUUCUUAACUAUAUCAGUAUUACGCCCAGGCUACAGCGACCUUAUCGGGUAACUGACGAGCUCUUUGAUCUCUCCACCAUGGCCAUGGAAUACUUUAAGGACCGCAUCGAACCCACGCUCCCUGGGCUGGCAUACUUUAACAAGGAUUUCUAUACGCUGCCCACUACCACAAAGCGACCCACGCUUGCCAUUAGUUCAGAUCUCGAGGACAGUGCCAGCAACUCUCCUCCCCAGAACCACAUGGUGCUCCGCAAGGGCAUACGCAAGAUCAAGCAGGGCAUGAAGAUGUACAACAACCAGCUAUCGGUGCUGCGCACCGAGCUUCGCAAUUGCAAGCGCAAGGCCGCCGAGCAGAGCAAGCAGCUGGCAGAGCAAUCAAAUCUCCUGGCGGAGCAGCAAAAACAGACCCUCGAGUAUGCUAAUCGGCUGGACGAGAAUGACAAGAAGAACGAGGAGAUUUCUCGCAAGUUCUCAACACUGUUGCAGGAGCUCAACAAGUGCAAGACAGAACUGCAGUUCUGGCGCUCUAAGAGUCCGGCCAUUCCUGCCGUGUGUAGCUCGUGUAACCAGAAGGUGGCGCCUGUGGUGCCGCCAGAGGAUUUCCAAGUGUUGGUCAACCAGGGUGUGGAUCCCGAGCACUUUAUCAUUAUCAAUGAAGAUGCAGAUGCCGAGAGUGAUGUGAGCGUGGGCGAACUCAAGGAGUUUGCCUCGCCGGACGAAUCCACCACGGCCAAGCUGCUGGCCGUGAGCACCGCAGCCAAGAAUCUGAAGCGCAAGCUGCCUUCAGAGAGCCAGUUCAAUGCCAUAGCGUCCACUUCGAAGGCAGCGGAGGUUGCCCAAUCCCAACAGCAGCCUUUGGCCGCCAUCAAUGGAGGAGUCGCCAAAGUUGCCGGUUACUCGCCGAAACUAUUUUACGGCAAUCAUCAGCGCAGUGGCGUGAUUGUUAGUCCAGUGUCCAAGAAUCUGGCAGUGGCUACGCCAGCGGACAAUGUGACGCCCGUAUUAGAGGCUCUCGAGGAGCCAGAGGAGGCAAAGAAAGCACGUAGAGUACAAAAGGCCAACAGAUAUGUAAAUACGCCCGGCAAACGCAGUAAAUAAGCAUUAGGAUGUACGCAUAUACACUUUACAUAUUUUUUACCACUUAUUUACAUAUAAAGCGUGCAUGCCCUUGCUCACCUGACCCCCAGGAUAUGGGUUAGGGAUCAGGGCAUGCGCCGUAGUGUUAACGGAGGAAUCAAAUUAAUAUAUACACAUAUAUCUAUUAAUGUCAAAUGCAUUAGGCAUUUCGAAUAUUAAUCAUUAUUAUUAUUAUUAUUAUUAUCAAGUACAAGAAACGUGUCUGUAUGUUCUUCGGUUUUAACGCCCCCGCAAAACACAAAAACAAAUUCUAGUUAACCAACACACUACACGAACAUCACAUGAAUCCCGUAGUUAUUGGCAGAGCAAAACAGAUAAUAAUAAUUUAAAAGCAAAUUAAUUUUAACUAAGAAAAGCAAAACAAAAAAAAACGGCAAAGAAAUAUUUUAAAUAAAACUUUAAAAGCAUUCAAGACUUGUUGACUCUGCAGUGGGUCUUAACAAAGUAAAAA